ACGUGCAUGGCGCCGACUGGGGGCCGGGUAGAUGCUGGACGUCUUACUCCCAUUAUGGCUCCUCGGUGCUUUUGCAGUCUUCUUCUAUCGGCUGCCCCACUAUCUUUCCUUUCGUAGUACUCAAUUCCUGCCAACAUUAGGUUCUCACCGUCUCACGCGACCUAUACCUGUUGUCCGAGGAUGGCGGAUCGAUUGGACGGCCGGACAGCUGUCCAUCGAAACGAAAGACUACAAUUCGGUGCCUAGGAUCAUCACUGAACGGUCCAGACGGCUGCAUGGAGCUCUCAAGCGGUUCUACUUCUGGGGAUCUAUAGCCGGUCCGCUUGGAUUAGCGGGCAGCGUACUUGCGGCCGUUGUGGCUGCAGUCCAAGUUUGGCAAAUGGUCUGGCAGGAACUCGCUGCUCAUUCUGUACCCUCGAUACCUACAGGAGGGAUGUCGAAACGAGGCCUGGUGGGCGCUGGAAGGAACGUUGCGGAGAAUGUCUUGAGCAAAAGGGCAUUCGGUGUCGUUGCUCCGAUACUUGAGGUGGAAGCUGGGCUGAGAACGUUCCAGGCGAACAGUUUAUCCCCCUUGAUCCCAGGUAUCACCAUGCCUUUUUCUCACCUACCUACGCUGGUUUUGGUCUUGGUCACUAGCCAACUGUUUCACGAGCUGGGCCAUGCUCUUUCCGCUUACUUAGAUGGUGUUUCUCCAGCAAAGCUCAGCUUGAAUCUCCACUACGGGAUGCCGAGCAUGAUGGUGUCCUUUUCUUCGUCGGUCGAUCGGAUCCCCACGUCGGCCCGGAUACGUCUAGCUUCCUCUGGGCCUUGGCACAAUCUCGCUAUUUACCUGCUGCUCGGCAUUGCAUCAUUGACCGGUUUCUGGAAACCUCUCUGGGCAGAUGUCGGCGAGAAAGGCCUAGUUGUGGACUCCGUAGAGCCUAUGUCGGCACUUUACGCACACAUCCGACCUGGAGAUCUCAUUACACAUCUUGAUGACCUUUUUGUCGGCGGUACAUCUUCAACCCACGAGCAUAAUGCUUGGGCAAGGUAUUUGACGAGCAAUGAGAUAGGAGACCUUGACCGGGGAUGGUGUGUGCCAGACACAGAAUGGAGAGCACUGCACACCACGCCUUGUUCCGUCCAAGGAGAGAUAGCUUUCGAAGGCAUGGCCGGGGAUCAAAUGACCUCCAUUCGCUGCCUUUCACCUCAUCCGAUUCUCGAUUCCCCCUCGGUGGCUUGUCCGUGUACAGAAGGCUUUACGUGCGUCAGACCAUCUCCAAAGGAGCGCGUACUUCGCAUUCAAGUCGCAAGUCUUAGAGGCGCCCCUCGGCUCCUCAGAUCGCCGACUCAGGCACUUGCUUCUAUAGGCACCACCAGGACUGUUCUCUGGUCUGGCGACAGACGAGAUGUCUUGCAGAACAUCAAAGUCGGCACUGCUUUUCCUCGUCUAUUCCCAUCUCUCAUGUACUGGCUUGUCAUGUUCUUCAACUAUGUGUCGACUAUUUCACUGUCGCUAUUUUUCUUCAAUCUGUUGCCUUUGCCAGGGACUGAUGGAGCGCAUCUCCUCACCUGCCUGCUGGAGCUGUUUUCCCAACGCGGAAACAGACAUUCGGCGCACGCCAAUGGAGGUGGUGAUCUCGACCUGCCUCUCACAGCGCGGCUGCACGAAACCUCCUUGACGAGUAAUUCAGCUCGCUCUCGCGCUGCAGUUCAGACCAGAGACGGCUUGGAUAGACCAGGGAUGGUCGGACAAGGGGACCUGGAAGCUGGGCGUGCAGGGUCAGACUUUGAUUCGUCCGACGAUUCAGGCGAUGACGAUGAUUAUCUGUCGACAAGACAUUCGAGCCGUCUUCGACAGCAUCGAGAAGGAAGAUGGCAGUGGGUGGUGAGAAAGGGUGUAGAGUGGUUCAUGAUCUCAUUGGGGGUCGCUUGGAUAGCAGGCUGGGGUAUGAUUGCGCUUCUUAGAUCUAGCUAGUCCCAUCGCGAUGACCUCAGACUGAAGGGCGGCCGAUUCACAU